GCCUCGGUCACGUGGUCUCUGGGCUCCUGGUGAUGGUUGUUCGGAUUUCUUCACGCAGACGUUUUCCCGCAUGAUGCCGUUAUUUGUCGUUAGUUAAAUUAAGAAAAGGGACAAAAGGUUAGUCCGGGUGUGUUUACCCCUAUACAGUCUAUGGUUUACCCUCGAGUCUCUCAGAAGUGUGCUGUUGUUAAAAUGAGAGUGAUGUAUCCUCCGUGCAGGCUGCUGGUUGUGUUAUAAGAAGUGUUUCCGGGUCAGCGUGAGGUUUGAACUGCUUCUCUGGAAAGUGACCAUUGUUGGAAUCAGGUCGAGGCUGUUAUCAGCUCCACCUGCUGACUUUUCACACUUUUUUACGGGUUUACGGCUUAAAAAAACAGCGCGAGCUUUCUACAGUGUCAUGAAAGAGAUGUCAAGCACGAUGCCUGGCGGGCAGCAGCAGCCCCAGAAGCACUAUGGCAUCACCUCCGCCAUCAGCCUGGCUCCCCCCCGAGAAAUAGACCACCAGUACACCAAGAAGCUCUGUGAUGCUAUGAAACCGUUUGGGGUGUUUGAAGAUGAAGAGGAGCUGAACCACAGACUUGCAGUUCUGGGAAAGUUGAAUAACUUUGUUAAAGAAUGGAUUGCAGAGAUCAGCGAAUUAAAGAACCUUCCACCAUCAGCCAUCAGCUGUGUGGGUGGCAAGAUAUUUACAUUUGGUUCAUACAGACUCGGAGUGCACACAAAAGGUGCUGAUAUUGAUGCCUUAUGUGUGGCUCCCCGACAUGUAGAGAGAAGUGACUUUUUUUCGUCUUUCUUUGAGAAGUUGAAACAGCAUGAAGAGAUCAAAGACCUCCGGGCUGUCGAGGAUGCUUUUGUACCUGUGAUAAAGUUCAAAUUUGAUGGCAUAGAGAUUGACCUGCUCUUUGCCAGACUGGCCUUACAGUCCAUUCCAGACAACCUGGACCUGAGGGGGGACUCUAUCCUGAGGAACCUGGACAUUCGCUGUAUCCGCUCCCUCAACGGUUGUCGAGUGACUGAUGAGAUUUUGUACCUGGUGCCAAACAAAGAAAACUUCAGACUGACUCUGAGAGCCAUCAAACUGUGGGCCAAACGUCGAGGGAUCUACUCCAACAUGCUGGGUUUCCUUGGUGGUGUUUCGUGGGCGAUGUUAGUGGCCCGCACCUGUCAGCUCUACCCAAACGCUGUUGCUGCUACGCUGGUCCACAAGUUCUUCCUGGUCUUUUCCAAAUGGGAGUGGCCCAAUCCGGUGUUAUUGAAACAGCCUGAGGACAGUAACCUGAAUUUACCCGUGUGGGACCCCAGAGUCAACCCCUCUGACAGAUACCACCUGAUGCCCAUCAUCACACCUGCCUAUCCCCAGCAGAACUCAACCUACAAUGUCUCCACGUCAACGCGCACCAUCAUGAGCGAGGAGUUCAAAUACGGCCUCAGCGUCACGGAUGAGAUUCUUCAGGGAAAAGCAGAAUGGCCAAAACUUUUUGAACCUCCAAAUUUUUUCCAAAAGUACAAGCAUUACAUUGUCCUGACUGCCAGCGCAUCCACAGAAGAAAACCACUUAGAAUGGAUCGGUCUGGUGGAGUCAAAGAUCAGAGUUCUGGUGGGAAACCUGGAACGAAACGAGUACAUCACUCUGGCUCACGUCAACCCUCAGUCCUUCCCGGGGUCCAAAGAGAAUCGAAACGAGAACGACUUUGUGUCCAUGUGGUUCAUUGGGAUCAUCUUCAAGAAAGUGGAGAAUGCAGAGAGCGUCAACAUUGACCUGACCUACGACAUCCAGUCCUUCACAGACACAGUGUACAGACAAGCUAACAACAUCAACAUGCUGAAGGAUGGGAUGAAGAUUGAAGCCACACACGUAAAGAAAAAGCAGCUUCAUCAGUACCUUCCCCCUGAGCUGGUGCAGAAGAAGAAGAGGAGCAUAGCAGAGCUUAACCGCAGCUCUAACGGGGGCAGCUCCAAGCGGAUCUCUCUGGAUAGCUCCCACCUGGACAGCUCCAGAGACACCGACUCAGGGACUCCCUUCAGCUCCCCGGCUGGCAAACCCCUCAAACCUGCGUCUGACACAGAGGACAGCCCUCCUAAGCAGCUUUUUGCGGAGGGUUCCCCAGCACCCAGUGCUGCAUCCACUGCAGAUCCUACUGCAGCACCAACUGCUGCUCGAGCUGAUUCGCCAAGUCCAGCCCCAGGUCCAAGCUCUCCACCAGCUGCUGCCCAAGGUCGAGCUGCAUCUCCAUCUGCAAAGGACCAGGGCAUGUCCAUCCCUGUCAUUGGCUCAAAGCCUUCAGUGAAAGCAAAGCCCCCAUCUCCUCCACCCAGCGUCUCCAUCAGCUCCGUGCUGAGCGGAGACGUGAAGCCCAACGCUGCCAGCAGCCCCCGAGAGGAACCCAACGGCCUUGAAGACUCGCUCAACGGAGCCGCUGCCAAAAGACCUCACUCCCCCACGGAGGAGGACCCUGCCAAGAGGCCCAGAGACUCUGAGGUGGCAUCCAGUGAUGACUGCACAUUUAAAGAGCCCUAUCCUCCUUCGGACAGCAACACACCCGCAGAAGGAAACAGCACUACCCCCCUCUCUGGAUCAAAGGCUAAACCCAUUCCAACCAUCGAUACCUCAAGAACACAGAGACUUCCCAGCAUGGAGCUGCCUGACGCCUCCUCUCCUCUACCAGCCAGUAACAGCUGUCGGGUGGUGAAAAACUCCAUUAAACUGGCUCUGAACCGCCACAACAUCACACCUCCCAAACCACCUGUGUUUGAGGGAACCCUCCCCACAGAAACUCCCCCUGCAGGAGAAGAGAAGGGCAUGUCCAUUCCUGUCAUCGGCUCCAAACAUGUUACAGCCAAACACACAGCGCCCCCCGUGGGCAGCUCCAUCCCCACAUUAGUGAGCCGAGGUGCUGAUCCCCUAAACGGAGCUGCUUCCAAGAGACCCCAUUCUCCCUCCUUGGAGGAGCAGGCCAAGAGGCUGAAGGAGACGGAGAAGGCCAGGAUCCAUAUAGCCUGAAUAAAGAACACAGACUGGAUUUCUACAGAGAGUGGGCGGGGCUUACAGACUUGUUCUAUAAAGAGAGGAGGCAGGGCUUUGCCUCAUACUCAGAGGAUAUGACCUUCCACAGAGACGGGAAGUGUCUCCAUGUCUCCUCAGUCGGCUCUGUAGCGCCGUUUGCUCAGUUAGCGCCCAACAGGACCUUUAACAGUGAGGAGAAGCCGUCUCCUCUCGGUGUUUAAACGUACAGACGGAGAUGUUUUUCUUUCGGUUUCUUUUUUUCCAGUGAACACGUUUUAAACAGAACAUUAUCGACGGUUCAUGCACACUCUCGUGCUGAACGCUGACUUUGUUUCACCCAAACACAAACCUGUACAGUAAAUGUUGAUGUACAUAACUUUUGUCUUAAAAAAGAAGCAAAAGAUCACCGUUGAGUCUUUUGAACAUUUAUUGUAGUUUUAUCUAAAAAGGAAAAAAAAGUUUAAAAAAUUGUAAUAUUUUGUUUUUCUCUAUCGCUUGUCCAAAAAAGAACGUCUCAUCCUGGAUCUUUUUGUAAACACUGUAAAGGUUUGAUUCGGUUUCAGGAGGAUUAAUGACAGAGAUCACAAGGACCCACAGAGGACUGCAGAAUGAGGAGGAGGAGGAGGAGGAGGAGGAGGAGGAGGAGGAGGAGGAGGAGGAGGAGGAGGAGGAGGAAGAAGAUGCCCGAAGACUCUGCACCUGCUCAGGUGAAUCAGCUACAACAGGACACAUGAUGGAGAUUGUGUGAAGCCCUUCAGUUACUGUUUAGUUAAUACAGAACAUCAAAAUCAUAUCAGAACAAUAACCCUGUUCACGUUCAGUGUCUUACCUGCUGUUGGAUUGUCAGUUAAGUCUAAUGGUUUCUGCUUCUUGUUCAGGUGUGUUUAUACCUGCAGGUGAGACAUUCAGAGCAGGUGACCUGAGAGUCUAAUCCCCCUACCCCACCCCCCUAGUUCACAACAAAGCCCGUCUUGAUGCAGCAGGUUCUCAAUGUUGUGAUACUCUGAGAACAAAUGGUUGAAAGCUUUUUGAUGUUGUGUGUGCAUAAAAGCUGCAACAUUUAUUGAUUGAAAACAAAGUUUAUCACCAAAUAUUUUUUUAUAAUUCCUUCAUUUAAAAGCAACAGUCCAACAUUUUUUGAAUUAGUUUCUUAAAUCUGAAGAUUUUCUGCUGGAGCAUUUCACACAAACCUGUGACAUGUUACAGAUGGAACGACUCAUCAGUGAAAAAAGCCGAUUUAAUGUGACAAAAACGAUCAGUUGCAGCCCUUGUGUGUGUGCAUUGUUAACUGUGUGUGAAUGGUCCUCAGUGCGUGCAAGGCUGGCUGUGUUUAUGUGAACAGACUGAAUUCCCUGUGUUUUGGGUGUUGACCCCCUGCGCCUCCUGUGGAGGUUCUUAAACAGCGUCUUUGAGGGGUCAAAGGUUUGUGUGAGGGUGUUGAUUACUGAUGUUAAGUGAUGCUGAUGCUCUGUCCUCCUCUUCCUCCUCUUCAUUAGUGCAGGUUUAGAGACUAAAUGUACAGAGAAGAGUUUUUUCAGAGACAUAUUCUUCUUCAUUACUGGGGUUUUCUUAUCACUUUAUUUAUAUUUGCAUAUUUGUACCAUGUGAUCUUUUUUUUAAUAGCAUCAUAGCAGGUAGGUCUCUUUGAAUGAACUCUUCAUCACUCUGUUUCUGACAGCUCAUUUAAACAGACGGGCCAUCUAGAUGUUUGUUUCUAAACUGUAUUCAAAGGGUAUUUUUCUAUGUGUUUAUCACUUCCUUUAAAUGAGUCUGUACACCAUUAAACCCCAAAAACUA